AUGGCUAUAUGCUCACUCUGUUCUCCUGCCUUGUCAAGUCCUUCAAGGCUUCCACGUCUCCCCGACUCAUGGAAAACUGCCUGCGCCUUCCUUGAGUCCAGCUCCACGCCGUAUUUCAUCGGGAAGAAGGACAGCGAUACCCCGCCUGAAGAGAUCGGCCUACCUCAUCAUGUUGGUAUAGACGCGCUCACCGAGUCAGCAAAAGAAUGUCCGCUAUGUAAGCUCAUUCUGGAAAGAGUCGGCAAGUUCAUUGAAGGUAUGAAAAAGGUGGAACAGGAUCCACACUACCGAUAUUUUGUGAUCGAACGUCAAAAUCAUGGAGUACCUGAGAAAUGGUCGUUCAAGCUUGUCCAGAGACUUGACGACGCUGAUGGAUUUGCGGUUCUUGCUGAUAGCAAAAACAGGAGGUAUAUGUAUCUGAUGGAUGUAUUUGGCUUCUGUGUUGACCCAGCGGAUUCACUGUAUGCUACCAUGACACGAGGUAUUAGUGAGGCAGACAGCUCCUUGAAGAAAGGAAAGAUCCGAGGAUCCAAGGUCGGGUCUGAUGCUGGAUCGAAAGACACAUUGAGUGUGGUCACAGGCUGGGUACACGAUUGCUUACAGAGCCACGAUUGUUGUCAGCCGGCUAAAACUCGUCUUCCUUCCCGUAUUCUGGACCUUGAAGCAUUGGACGACCCGAACAAGAUUCGCCUACUGCAAACAACAAGUGAAGAAGAAUAUGGCUCUUACGUAACGCUUAGUUACUGCUGGGGAUCUGAUCCUACUUUCCACGUGCGAACUACUCACUCGACAAUGUCUAGUCACCUAAACAGCAUCGAAGUGGAUAAUCUUCCGCAAACGUAUAAGGAUGCGAUCAAGAUCACUCGCCAUCUCGGAAUUCGGUUUCUGUGGAUCGAUUCGCUGUGUAUCUGCCAGGACGACGUCGAAGAUUGGGCAAGGGAGUCUGCUGCUAUGCAGCAAGUCUAUGCUGGAGCGUACUUAUCCAUUGCCGCCGACAAUGCUUCUGGAUCCGAGCAGGGUUUCUUGAAAAGACAAGAACGAACACAUGUGCCAGCUAUCAUCAAUACAUCAACUCAAAAUGGCGAUUCAUCAAAGUCAAUCGAGGUGGCUGGAUAUAUCUUUCAAGUGCCUCCUAAUAACGCAUAUCAUGCCCGAGCAUGGAUGGUAUUUAACAAGGAACCUCUCACUAAACGCGGAUGGGCCAUGCAAGAGCGACUUCUUCCUAUAAGAGCGCUUCACUUUGGCAACGACCAGAUGUUCUUCGAGUGCAAUUGUCACCUAUUGUCAGAAGAUGGCGUUGAGGUCAAGGGUCGUUGGAACUCACUCUACCCUCUCAAAGAGAAAGGAUUCAAAGAUCCCGCGCGCAAGUCAAGAGUGAGUGCCGCGCAUCAGCUGUGGUACCUGAUCCUGGAAGACUUCUUCCAUAGAAUGGUUACUGUGAAGAGUGAUCGUCUACCUGCGAUUUCCGGUUUGGCGACCAUGUUCCAGAGCAGGCUUACCGAGGAGAUGGUGUCAAGAGCUGGCUCUGGUAAUGUUCAGUAUGUUGCGGGUCUAUGGAGCAAUGCCUUGAUCGAAGGUCUUGAAUGGACUGCUCUUGGCAAGGACAAGGACGGUAUAACCCUGCCUGACAAGAAACCAUUGCCAGGCGCAGAGAACUAUAUCGCACCUACCUGGAGUCCUGCCUCCUUCGACGAUGUGUCUGCUCAUGGUAUGACCAUGCCUGACUGGGUCGAUGUCGCGACCGUCACAGAUUUUAGCGUGACACCAAAGACCAUCCACAACCCAUUCGGCGAACUCAUUGAUGGUUGGAUCCGCAUCCGAGGUCCAAUGAUCAAGCUAUCGCUCAGCGACUUACCGGACGAGGACCAGGAGAAGCUGGGAACAUGGCGACGCAACAUGAGACUCUGCACGCCACGGGGUGAUGCAUAUGGUUCAUACUCUUCUUUUGACACUUUUCGGGGACAGAACGAGGAAACACGAGCUUGGAUAAAAGAUAACGAGAUAUUUGCGUUGGUCCUAUCGGUAAAGAAAGAUGAAGAAGGCGAGACGAAUGUACGACUUACAUAUCAUACACUGAUGGUUAUGCCUGUGAGUCAGGACAAGCAGGUUGUGCCUGGCAGGAAUGAGUUUAUAAGGGUCGGGACGGUCUUCUUGAGCGAUGAUGAGCUUGGAGAUGACAAAGAGUCAGUGGAGGAUGUUUCAAAGUUCGUGGAGAUAGUCUUGGUUUAA